ACGGACAGUCAAUUUGAGAAAUUUAUAUUUACCAUGUUUUAAACCUAUAAAGGAAGAAUUCUUUAUCAUAUGCGAAUCUAGCCAUGUGGGUGAGACAAGAAUACAAGCCUGAAAAAGCCCGAUUUCAAAAACCUUUUGAGAUUGACAUCGAAUUAGCGACACAAAAGCAAGUACACCGGGAAGAAGAACAAGAAGAACAAGACGCAGAGUACUAUAAUGGGAAGCAGAAAAGUGAAAAUAAGAGUACUCGAAAAAUCAAACUCGAACAAAGUUAUGCUGCCCUUGGGACAACUGUCUGGGAUGGUAGCAUUGCACUGGCGAAAAUGUUUGACAAUCAAAUGAUUUUUCCUCAAGAAGAUUUUAAAAACUACCGAGUACUGGAACUUGGUGCGGGUUGCGGAUUAGUAGGGAUUUAUCUGUGUUUAUUAGGUGCUAAACGAACUGUUAUCACAGACCAACAAUGCUGUAUUCCUACUCUAAAUAAAAAUAUAGAACUUAAUAUUGCAAAGGACAUGGCUUCAAGGAUAAAAGCAGAAGAGUAUUCCUGGGGGAAUGGGGUGGACCAUUUAACCAAGAACGGCGUAUUUGAUCUGGUAGUUGCUGCUGAAGUGCUCUAUUCAGAAGAGGAUUCUAUAAAACUUGCGAAAAGCAUCCCAAGAUUAACUCACCAGAAGUCGUUGGUGUUUGUGUCCAUGGGAAGAAACCGAGGAGGAGAGUCCGCUUUUGUCAGAACAAUGAAAAAUGAAGGUUUUGAAGUACAAGAGGUAGCAAAGGAGCAUCUUCAUCCUAAAUAUCAAGAUAGCAUUAUUAAAGUCCUGAAAGCAUAUUUACCACAGGGAUCCCAAACAAGAUGAAUAUUUUUAAACAAUAUGCAGUCGAUUGUCAGGGCAAUCUGUGACCAUGGUAAAAUUAAUGUGAAUAAAUCAGAUCUAAAAUGUUCAGACUACAAAUUAAACUGGACUUUGGUCAGGGAGUAUGAUAACACAUGUAUGCAGUCUAAGAAGACAACAUGAGUUAAUUAGUUGAUAUCCUUAUUUGUGAAUAAUUUUUACAAAAUAAAAGAAACUUAUAUUCUCUGGUUCUACUGCUCGAUAUUUUGCAGU